AAGGGCGGGCGCUGGGGUUUGUGGCUGCACCGCAGCAUCUGGGGCUGCACCCCGAACCCGCCAGGGCCCGGGCGAGAGCGACCCGGGGCACGGGCAAAGGCCACGGCGCGCCGGGAGGGUGGAGGCGCCGGGACACCCGGGCUGCGGCCCAGGAGGCUGGGCGCCGGUGGGCCUGGCUGCUGCCACCGGGCCGGCAUCAAAGCAGCGGCCAGCGAGCUGUAUCCUCACCCGGGUCUGCAGGAAGCCGGUUCUGGGCACCCCUCGCAUUGCGGCCCCCAAAGCCCCGCUCCCGGGGGUGCGGCCGGGAAAGGAUACCUUGGAGGGGCGGUGGGUUCAUCUGGUGCCGCAGCACCCGCCCUAGGCCGCCUCUCGGGAAUUUGGAAAAGAUUCCCCGGUCCCGUCCGGAGGCCGAUAGUCCUCUGAGCUUCCGAAGGAAGCCUGCGUGAACGUUGGGCGUUUUAAAAAGAAUCAUUGUGUUGGGUGGGGAUGUGGUCUGUCUAUAAAAGGCGGGGAAAGAACAAAAUCCGUCACCCGCGGCCCUUCUCUAAAGAGACACCCUCUGGAGCUGAAAGCCUCAAGAACGGGCUCUCUCACGCCCCCAUCUCUCGUCCUGCCAGCGUCCAAGGCCGGUCUGUUUUAAAUAUAUUUCUGCAAGUUCUGGAGUUCUAGCUGUAUGAUCAGUUUUCUGGAUCCCUCCUCUCCUGCCUUUUGCUCCUCUGGAAGAAUAUGAAGAGGCAUGUACUCAGACCUACUCAACCGGCCACCUCCCAAGCAGGCAGUACUUAAUUUCAGAAAGGAGUCACUCUUUCAGGGCUGUUAAAGCCAUAUUAGCCUCUAGGAUCCCCCAGGUUCUGGUGCCGCAGGGACACGCCAAAGUCCUGAGGGCAGGAGAUUGUGAUCAGAGGAGGACCAUACAGCUGUGAGGCAUCUCAGCAGAGGCUCUGGCAGUGUCCUCCCCAGAAGUGGAAAGGCCAGUCGGGUGGCAUCAUCAUGCUACAGCAGCUCCUGAUUACCCUGCCCACUGAGGCCAGCACCUGGGUGAAGUUGCACCAUCCACAGAAGGCCAAGGAAGGGGCGCCCCUGUGGGAGGACGUGACUAAGAUGUUUGAAGGAGAAGCUCUGCUAUCUCAGGAUGCUGAUGAGACCCAGGGAGAAAGUUUAAAGGAUGAAGUGACUCCCGGGGCCCCGACAACAGACUCCCAGGAACUGUUGACCUUCAAGGACAUAUCUGUGGACUUCACCCAGGAGGAGUGGGGGCAGCUGGCCCCUGCUCACCAGAAUCUGUACCGGGAGGUGAUGCUGGAGAACUAUGGGAACCUGGUCUCAGUGGUAGGAUGUCAACUUUCCAAACCUAGUGUGAUUUCCCAGUUGGAGAAAGGAGAAGCGCCAUGGAUGACAGAGAAAGAAGGCCCAGGAGAUCCCAGUUCAGCUGGUGGGAUCUUAGUUCCCCAACCAGGGAUCGAACCCGGGCCUUUGGCAGUGACAGCACGGAGUCCUAACCACUGGACCGCCAGGGAAUUCCCUGCUAUUUUAAAUGACUUGAGUAAAACAGAAACAGCUGCGUCAACUGCAAACAAUGACGUUUUACAGGAACAGUUCUAUCAUGGCAUGAUGAUGGAAAGGUUCAUGAGGGAUGAUGUCAUUUAUUCCACAUUGAGAAAAGUCUCAAAAUAUGAUCAUGAGUUAGAAAGCCACCAGGAUAGCCAUGGAAGAGAUGUGAGACAAACCAUCUUAACCCAUAAGAAGAGAGGCCAAGAAACUUACAAAUUUGGCAAAAAUAUUGUGAGUUCAAAUGUUGUUAUAGAACAGAGGCACCAUAAAUAUGACACACCUAGAAAGAGAAACAAAUACAAAUCAGAUUUGAUUAAUCAUCCAACAAGUUACAUAAGAACAAAAACCUAUGAAUGUAAUAUAUGUGAAAAAGUCUUCAAACAACCCAUUCACCUUACCGAACACAUGAGAAUUCAUACUGGUGAGAAACCUUUCAGAUGUAAGGAAUGCGGAAGGGCCUUUAGUCAAAGUGCAUCCCUUACCACACACCAAAGAAUCCAUACUGGUGAGAAACCCUUUGAAUGUGAAGAAUGUGGCAAAGCCUUCAGACAUCGCUCAUCUCUUAAUCAACAUCGUAGAACUCACACUGGUGAGAAACCCUAUGUAUGUGAUAAAUGUCAGAAAGCUUUCAGCCAGAACAUUAGCUUGAUCCAACAUUUGAGAACUCAUUCUGGAGAGAAACCCUUUACAUGCAAUGAAUGUGGGAAAACCUUUAGACAGAUUAGACACCUUAGUGAACAUAUAAGAAUUCAUACUGGGGAGAAGCCCUACGCAUGCACCACAUGUUGUAAAACCUUUAGUCAUAGAGCUUAUCUAACGCAUCACCAGAGAAUCCAUACUGGGGAGAGACCCUACAAAUGUAAGGAAUGUGGGAAAGCCUUUAGGCAAAGGAUACACCUUAGCAACCAUAAAACUGUUCAUACAGGAGUGAAAGCGUAUGAAUGCAACCGCUGUGGAAAAGCCUACAGGCAUGAUUCAUCCUUUAAGAAACAUCAGAGGCAUCACACAGGAGAAAAACCUUAUGAAUGUAAUGAAUGUGGAAAAGCCUUUAGCUAUAAUUCAUCACUUACUCGACACCAUGAAAUACACAGGAGAAAUGCCUUCCUGAAUAAUGCCUAAAAACAGAUUAUUCAACAUGAAGAAAAUCCAGGUCUAAAUCAGUGAUUCUGUGCUUUGAAUUUCAGGACUCUAAAUUGGAGGAAUUGACAUAAUGAUGCCAACUUCUAAUUUUGCCCAUUGUGUAAAUAAACAUUACAUUGAUAACUACUGUCUACUGAUAUCUCCACACAAAGUACUUAAUCAAGAAUAAAAGAUGGCCCUUCAAAUUA